UAGCGCUUUACAACCUCCGGAUCAACCAACAGUAGCCAGGGAAGGGCCUGAGUAUCAAAGUCUCCCUAAACAAAGAAAAAUAUCAACAAGGAGAAACUCAGGUUCCCAGUCUGUGAACCAGGAUACCAGGAGAUAUUCCAGAUACAGCCAUUCUGAAGACAUGGAGACAUUUACAGAGACUCGGGCAUUCUCCAAAAAUUUGCAGUCACCUGGGGCAGUCAGCACCCACCAAAGCCCCUCGCCUCAAACAUCCAAGCAUUUCUUCCAGGAUUCAACAGAGACCUCUGCCUCAAACAACUAUGACUCAAAAAGCAGCCUAAACAAUAAGCAAAACUCUAGUCAAAGCUCAGAUUCACACCGGGUGCUCAAGCUGGGCUUUCUGAAGCUGAACCAAGGCAUGUUUUGGGGCAUGGAUGGUAGAAUCUCUCCAGAUCUCCAGACAAUGUCUGACCAGGAGGCAGAUCUGAAUUCCUAUAACAGAAGGCCCAAAAUGAAAAGCCAAAGGAGGGCUUCAAUUCCUAACAUUAUCACUGAAGGAGAGCAAAGACUUCAUCUGCCCUCCAGUAGCCGGUACCCUUUACCCCAGGAACAAGAUACAGCUUCACCCGUCUCAGGACAGGGUCCAUAUGGACUCCACUCACCACUGGAGGGUCUUCUAGAAAGAGCCAAAGGACGAGAUGGAUUAAAGAGAGAGAGACAUUUGAAAGUUGCCAGUGUGAGGCCAAGGUAUUCUCCUUCCCUCACAUUUUCCACUACACCUUCACUACCACCCAUUGAUGGAGACAGAGACACAGAGUGGGAGGAGGAGGUGGAGCUGAUGAGACACAGAGCGCUCACAGUGAGUAAAGGAUGGAAGGAGCAGCUGGUGGAUGGAGAUGAAGAUGAGAGAAGGAACAGUGUUGCCUUUUUGGAUGGUGUAAAUGUGGACUGGUCAGGCUGGUGCUUUGAUGACGAUGAAGUCAUGGAUCAUAUACAACCUGGUGAAGAAGGACUUCUUGAAGGUAUCAGCCGAUCUUUGGCCUAUUUGGACUUCUCUCAAGCGCAUGAAGAUGGGGCUUGUAGUGAGGUGUAGCUCUGAGGCUGUACUACACACAGUGCAGAGUUCUGUUGUCACUGAGUGGAUCCUAAACUCAACAAUCUGAGAUCACAGGCAGUCAUUAAAUUAACUCACAAUUCAGGCUAUGAAUGUGAAAGUCGGAGGACCAUUAGCUCCUUCAUUAAAUGCUGAAGCUCACAAAAGAACAAAGAAUAAA